CUGUGCUUCGCCUUAUAUAGGGCGGUCGGGGGCGUCGGAGAGCUCUCUUGAGUCACCCCCGCGCAGCCUAGGCUUGGCGUGCGAGUCGGACGCGCUCCGUGCCCACCCUGCUCUGUGCUACUACUUGGCUUUUCUGUCAAGAUGCCUGAGGAAGUGCACCAUGGAGAGGAAGAGGUGGAGACCUUUGCCUUCCAGGCAGAAAUUGCUCAGCUUAUGUCCUUAAUCAUCAAUACUUUCUAUUCGAACAAGGAAAUUUUCCUUCGAGAGCUGAUCUCCAAUGCUUCUGAUGUGAGUUGGUUUUACUACCUUCUGGAGGGACUCUGGGUGGUGGGCACUUUGCUUGCACUACUGGGUUUCUUUCAGCACUUCUCUGUGGAAGGUCAGCUGGAAUUCAGAGCAUUGCUCUUCAUUCCUCGGCGAGCUCCCUUUGACCUUUUUGAAAACAAGAAGAAGAAGAACAACAUCAAACUCUAUGUCCGCCGUGUGUUCAUCAUGGACAGCUGUGACGAGCUGAUACCCGAGUACCUCAACUUCAUCCGCGGCGUGGUUGACUCUGAGGACCUGCCCUUGAACAUCUCCCGAGAAAUGCUGCAGCAGAGCAAGAUCCUGAAAGUCAUCCGCAAGAACAUCGUGAAGAAGUGCUUGGAGCUCUUCUCUGAGUUGGCUGAAGACAAAGAGAACUACAAGAAAUUCUAUGAGGCCUUCUCUAAGAAUUUAAAGCUUGGGAUCCAUGAAGAUUCUACUAACCGCCGGCGCCUCUCUGAGCUGCUCCGCUAUCACACCUCUCAGUCUGGAGAUGAGAUGACCUCCCUGUCAGAAUAUGUGUCUCGCAUGAAGGAGACACAGAAGUCCAUCUACUAUAUCACUGGUGAGAGCAAAGAGCAGGUGGCCAAUUCUGCCUUUGUGGAACGUGUGCGGAAGCGGGGCUUUGAGGUGGUGUACAUGACUGAGCCUAUUGACGAGUACUGCGUGCAGCAGCUCAAGGAGUUUGAUGGAAAGAGCCUGGUCUCUGUGACUAAGGAGGGCCUGGAGCUGCCAGAGGAUGAGGAAGAGAAGAAGAAGAUGGAGGAGAGCAAGGCAAAGUUUGAGAAUCUCUGCAAGCUCAUGAAGGAGAUUUUGGAUAAGAAGGUUGAGAAGGUGACAAUUUCCAAUAGGCUUGUGUCUUCACCCUGCUGCAUUGUGACAAGCACCUAUGGCUGGACAGCCAAUAUGGAGAGGAUCAUGAAGGCCCAGGCACUUCGAGACAACUCUACAAUGGGUUACAUGAUGGCCAAAAAGCACCUAGAGAUCAACCCUGACCACCCCAUUGUGGAGACCCUGAGGCAGAAGGCUGAGGCUGACAAGAAUGACAAAGCUGUUAAGGACCUGGUGGUGCUGCUGUUUGAAACUGCUCUGCUCUCCUCUGGCUUCUCACUUGAGGAUCCCCAGACCCACUCCAACCGCAUCUACCGCAUGAUCAAACUAGGCCUGGGCAUUGAUGAAGAUGAGGUGACAGCAGAGGAGCCCAGUGCUGCUGUUCCUGAUGAGAUCCCCCCACUUGAGGGUGAUGAAGAUGCCUCCCGCAUGGAAGAAGUAGAUUAGAGAUGCCCUGGGAAGAUCAUGUCCUCUGUAUAGUUUCCCUGUGCUCCCCCAGCAGCCUUGACUGGCCCUGACCUACCUGGCUCUCUGCUCAUGCUAGAGGAUCUCUUACCCUGUCUUGUGCCUUAAGGCAGGAAAAUCCCCUCCCACAGAAUAGCAGGGUUGGGUAUUGUGUAUUGUGUUUUUGUUUUGUUUUAUUUGUUCCAGAAUUAAAAGUAUGCAAAAAUAAAGAAAAUGCAGUUUUAUGUA